AUGGAUUUUAUAUUAAUAAUCACUUUGUGCUUAACAACACUCCUUACAUUUCUCCUCCUAAAAUCCAUCCUCAAAGGAACCGCCACGAACCUACCACCGUCUCCAUGGCGACUUCCGCUGAUCGGAAACCUCCAUCAGCUCAGCAUCCAUCCCCACCGCUCUCUCCGUUCCCUCAGCCUCCGAUAUGGACCACUUAUGCUUCUUCAUUUUGGCCGCACACCAGUCCUCGUAGUCUCCUCGGCCGAUGUUGCUCAUGACGUCAUGAAAACGCACGAUCUUAAGUGUGCCAAUCGCCCCAAAACAAAAGUGGUCGAUAAAAUUCUGGAUGGUGGGAGAGAUGUGGCUUUUGCCCCUUACGGAGAAUAUUGGGGACAAAUGAAGAGUAUAUGCAUCCAGAAUCUACUAAACAACAAGAUGGUCCGGUCAUAUGAGAAAAUAAGAGAAGAAGAAAUAAAAUUAAUGAUUGAAAAGCUAGAAAAAGCGAGUUCUUCUCCUUCUCCUUCACCGGUAAAUCUAAGCCAACUUCUUAUGACUUUGACUAACGAUAUAAUAUGUAGAGUUGCUCUGGGAAGAAAAUAUAGCGGUGCAGAAAAUGAAAUUGAUAUUGAGAACAUAGUGAGUACGUUUGCGGCACUAUUGGGCGAAUUUCCUAUUGGUGAACACAUUCCGAGUUUAUCAUGGAUUGAUAGGAUACGCGGUCUCGAUCAUAAAAUGGAGGAAGUAGAUACAAGAUUUAAUAACUUUCUGGAAAGAGUGGUACAAGAACAUGAAGAUGCAGAAGAAAAUAACAGAUCGGACUUUGUUGAUAAGUUACUAGCGAUUCAAAGAGACAAGACAGGACAAUUCGAGCUUGAAAAAAAUGCCUUAAAACUAAUGAUAUGGGAUAUGUUUUUAGCAGGAACGGCAACCACUCUCUCAUUUCUUGAAUGGACAAUGACAGAGCUUAUAAGACAUCCAAAGGCCAUGAAGAAACUCCAAGAAGAGAUUCGUUCAAGUUCGCAACAUGAUUUCUAUGUAACGGAGAAACAAGCUGAGAAGAUGAACUAUUUACAAGCUGUUAUUAAGGAGGCGUUACGGUUGCGUCCUCCUGCUCCACUCCUACCCAGAGUAUAUAGUGAAGACGUCAAGUUAAAGGGAUAUAAUGUUGCUGCUGGCACACAGUCCAAUUUUAUAAUCAAUGCUUGGGCAAUUCAACGAGACACUACAACUUGGCGGAUAGAUGCAGAAGAAUUUAGGCCAGAAAGGCAUUUAGACUCAGAUUUCGAUUUUCAGGGACAAGAUUUCAAAUUCAUUUAAUUUGGAUCGGGAAAAAGGAUAUGUCCAGGAAUAGGAUUCACAUCGGCAUUGAUUGGGGUGACAUUGGCCAACAUUGUGAAACGUUUCAACUGGAGAAUGGAUGUCGAGCCACAAAAGGCUCAUCAAAGUUUAACUGAAGCAACUGGUCUCGUGAUUUUCCGAAGGUUCCCUCUUAUUGCUUUUCCAUCUUCUGCUUGAUUCCUCGUGUCAAGACCUCUCUCUUUGGCUUGGUUUAUUAAUGAAU